AUGUCAGAUCGUUCAAAGAAUGUCAUUGGACGCUGGUUUACAGACCAGCGUCCCUCGACACCGGUCACCACUCCUCCUGCUUGGCCCAAUUUUAGUACAGAGACUGGCUUCAUUGCUAAUCCUCAACUUACCCCAUCUUUUGCAUUAACAAACCACGUUUGGAAUGACACAACUCAUUCUUCUAGUGGAGAUUCAUUGUUGGAAAAGGAACAGAAUAAUUUUGUGAUAAAUCAUAAUUUAAACAGCUCAUUAACUUCUUUAUCAGCUUCACCAGAUCAUAAUCAUGUAGUUGUAGCAGGCCGCGAAGUUCUUAAAGUUCUGAACGUGUCUGAGCGAGAAAUUACUGAAGAAAUUAAUCUCAAGAAUAGACAUAUUAAAUAUAGCAGUAAUGAUGUAAAGUGGGGCAAUGUCUCCACAAAAAAUAAAAUCGCGACGGCAGCAACUAAUGGAUCAAUUAUCAUUUGGGAUAUAGGAAAUGAUCGGAAAAUCACUGAACAUUCACGUGCUGUAAAUAGGAUCUGUUUUAGUCCUACGAAUGGAUUAAUACUUUUAAGCGCGUCUCAAGAUUAUACUAUGAAAUUAUGGGAUUUGAGAGAACCAGAGCCUGCCAAGUUUACUUUUGAUGGCAAAUGUGAAAGUGUUCGUGAUGUUCAAUUUAAUUCAAUAAAUACAAAUGAUUUCGCAGCAGCAUUUGAAAAUGGUACCAUCCAGAAAUGGGAUAUAAGAAAACCGAAUAUACAUGAAAGGAGAUUGAAUGCACAUAUAGGUUCAGUUCUUGCCGUGGAUUGGCAUUCUGACGGAAGAACUAUUGCUAGCGGUGGGCGCGAUAAAUCAAUUAAAAUAUGGGACAUGAACUCUGAUAGUAGGAAACCAAGGGACGCAAUUCAAAGCAUGACAAGUAUAUCUCGCGUUCAAUGGCGACCUAAUCAUCUUAAUGAAAUUGCUUCAUGUGCGUUAUUAAGUGAUAAUAGAAUAUUUGUUUGGAACAUAAAAAGACCUUACAUUGCAAGUUAUUACUUUGAAGAGCAUGAUGACGUGCCAACGGGAUUUUUAUGGCAUGAUUCUGAGGUUUUAUGGUCUUGUUCAAAGGAUAAAUUUUUUAUUCAACAAGACAUGAGAGAUUCCUAUCGUCCAUUGAACAUGCUUAGCAAAUGUAGUAUUGGAUGGAGUGCAUAUGACAAGAUUGCAUUUGCUAUUGAAAAACCAAAUGAUUCGGAAGACCAAUCUAGGUCAAUAUCAUCUACAAGUAAUCAAUUUAGGAUAAUGCAAAGACGAAUAUCUCCUAUUAUUAUCGAAACUCGUAACGAAGAUCACUAUGAGUUACAACAAAAAACUGGUAUUGCCUCCCUUCCCACUUUUGAUCACAAAUCCUUUUCAUAUCUUGCUGAAAAUUACAUGAUUUCAAGUCAUGAUAUUGUAUUCGCAUGUGAACAUAAUGCCAAGGUUGCAUGGGAUGUUCAAAGAUUUAGAACUGCACAAACCUGGAAAAUGAUACAGCUUUUAUAUGGAAAUUUGGAACCUAUAAACAAAUCAGAGUCUACUCAUGAAGAUGAAGUUAUAGAUGAUAGUUUGUUAAAAGAUUCAUUUCCCACUAAUCCUUCAGUGGAAAUAAAAUCAAUAAAAGAUUUAAAUAAAGAUCUAAAUACUGUAACGAAGCCUAACGAGACAUUAGUUGAAGAUGAAGAUUCAUUAUUUGAAUCUGAUGGAGAAGACGAAGAAAAUCGGGUGAAAGAAUCUGAUGAUGAUAUUCAAAAAUCUCCACGUAAUUCAAUUAAGAUGACAAGUCGUACUGUUCAGACAACAUAUAAUUCAACAUUAAAUCGGAACUGGGAUAAAGAACCGAUGAUAACUCAAUUAUUAGAUUAUUAUGCAGAACAGAUGUGUGUCACUUUGGUUUUAGUUCUUGGUGAUAGGAUUAAAAUAAGUCAGGAGAGAGUAGAGCAAUGGUUUUUUUCUUAUAUUGAAUUGCUGCAUAGAUUUCAACUCUGGUGUGGAGCUACACAUGUUAUUUCAUCUAGCAGAAUUUCUUCUGUUGAGAUGAUGAAUCAGCAAUCCACAACAAUAUACACAACAUGUAACAAUUGUUUCAGACCAAUGCUUAACUAUAGAUGUGGAUAUUGGAUAUGUGAAAAAUGUCGGAAGAUGUUAAAUCCCUGUUCAAUAUGUCAUAAUACAGUGAAAGGAUUAUAUACUUGGUGUCAAGGUUGCAGCCAUGGAGGACAUCUUAUUCAUAUGCAAGAGUGGUUUUUGGUAAAUAAUGAAUGUCCAACUGGAUGUGGACAUAAAUGUUCUACAAAAUUUUUUUGUACUUGA